AUGCACUUUCGAAACUUCGCACUAGCUAUUACGCUCCUCACCGUUGGGGUCCAGGCUGCUCCAACCCCUGGGUUCAUUGGCAUUGAGAAGCGCAACGAUGCUGCUCCCUGGACUGCCAAGCUAGACGAGGUUGAGAAGCGCAGUGACGCUGCUCCUUGGACUGCCAAGCUAGAUGAGGUCGAGAAGCGCAGCGAUGCUGCUCCCUGGACUGCUAAGCUAGAUGAGGUCGAGAAGCGCAGCGAUGCUGCUCCCUGGACUGCCAAGCUAGACGAGGUUGAGAAGCGCAGUGACGCUGCUCCUUGGACUGCCAAGCUAGAUGAGGUCGAGAAGCGCAGUGACGCUGCCCCCUGGACCGCUAAGCUAGAUGAGGUUGAAAGUGUAGCCAGCACCUGA